GCGCAGCCGGCGAGUGGCGAGGGAGCGCGGGACCGAAGGGCCAAGGGACGGAGGGAGCGGCGCACGCGCGUGCGUGCGUGCGGGCGAGCGAGCGGCCGGCGCGAAGCCCGAGCAGGAGCCGGAGCCGGAGCCGGAGCCGGAGCCGAAGCCAUAACCCGAGCCGGAGCGGUCGUGAAGCCGGAGUCGAAGUCAAAACCGGGCUCCGGGCCGGCGCGCACGCACUCACGCACGCGGGGGGCGGGGCCGGCGCGCGCCCGCUUGUCGCGACAGUCGGGGCCGAGGCCCAGGGGGAGGUGGCCUGUCGCGGGUCGCCCGGCUCCCGGAGGCGAAGGGGGCGCGGGCGGAUGGCGGAAGGUGGCCAGCCGCAGCAGCAGCCGCCACAGCUCGGGCCCGGCGCCGCCGCCCGGGGCAUGAAGCGGGAGUCGGAGCUGGAGCUGCCGGUGCCCGGAGCGGGGGCAGACGGACCCGAGCCCGGCCUGAGCAAGCGGCCGCGCACCGAGGAGGCGGCCGACGGCGGGAUGCAGAACGAGCCACUGACCCCGGGUUAUCAUGGAUUCCCAGCACGGGACGGCCAGGGUAACCAGGAGCCAACAACAACUCCUGACGCAAUGGUUCAGCCUUUUACCACCAUCCCGUUCCCACCACCUCCACAGAACGGAAUUCCCACAGAAUACGGAGUGCCCCACACUCAGGACUAUGCCGGUCAGACCAGUGAACAUAACCUGACACUCUACGGGAGUACACAGCCCCACGGGGAGCAGAGUAGCAAUUCACCCAGCAACCAGAAUGGAUCUCUCACGCAGACAGAAGGUGGAGCACAGACAGAUGGACAACAAUCACAGACACAAAGUAGUGAAAAUUCAGAGAGUAAAUCCACACCCAAGCGACUCCAUGUCUCUAAUAUUCCCUUCCGCUUCCGGGACCCUGAUCUCCGGCAGAUGUUUGGGCAGUUUGGCAAAAUCCUAGAUGUGGAAAUAAUCUUUAAUGAGCGCGGCUCCAAGGGAUUCGGGUUCGUAACUUUCGAGAAUAGUGCUGAUGCAGACAGGGCCAGGGAGAAAUUGCACGGCACCGUGGUAGAGGGCCGUAAAAUCGAGGUGAAUAAUGCUACAGCGCGAGUCAUGACCAACAAGAAGAUGGUCACGCCAUAUGCAAAUGGCUGGAAGUUAAGCCCAGUAGUUGGAGCUGUUUAUGGCCCUGAGUUAUAUGCAGCAUCCAGCUUUCAAGCUGAUGUGUCCCUAGGCAAUGAGGCGGCUGUGCCCUUGUCAGGAAGAGGAGGCAUCAACACUUACAUUCCUCUAAUCAGUCUCCCUUUAGUUCCUGGCUUCCCUUACCCAACUGCAGCCACCACGGCAGCCGCUUUCAGAGGAGCCCAUCUGAGGGGCCGAGGGCGGACAGUGUAUGGUGCAGUCCGAGCGGUGCCUCCAACAGCCAUCCCGGCCUAUCCAGGUGUGGUUUACCAGGACGGAUUUUACGGUGCUGACCUCUAUGGUGGAUAUGCAGCCUACAGAUAUGCACAGCCUGCUACUGCAACCGCAGCCACAGCUGCUGCCGCCGCUGCAGCCGCUUACAGCGACGGUUACGGCAGGGUGUACACAGCUGACCCCUACCACGCCCUCGCCCCUGCCGCCAGCUAUGGAGUUGGCGCUGUGGCGAGUUUGUACCGAGGUGGCUACAGCCGAUUUGCCCCCUACUGAAGUGACGUGAGACCCCUGCAAAUGGGACAGCCCCCAGUUCAUGAGGCCUGGCUAUUGCAAUAUUUACUAGUAGAGGACUCUAUAGCAAGAUGAAGAGGAAAACAAACAAACAAAAAAGAGAGAAUACUUUUUUAUACCUCACUAUGUUCUUUGAAUAUGUAUUUUCCUUUAAAUUUCUGCCUUUAAUUCUUUUGUUCCAAAGAUUGUGCUUUUUUGUUUUGUUUUGUUUUUGGAUUUUUGUUUUAUUUUUGUUUGGGGGGUGGCUUUUUUGUUCUGGUUUGGUUUUGGG